AUGGAAAAUAUUAUGGCCACACCUACCAAAGUCCAAAAUGACUUGUUCAGAAACCAACUUGAGUCUCACUCAUUCCAGCCUCGUCAAACACCCAAAGCCCAAGUUCUGCGUAGAAGCGCAAAUGUCCCUCCAUUGAAACUUGGCACGAAAAGCGGGUACCGUUUCCCACCCCAGCACAACGUGAAUAGUGCCGUCUUUGACUCUCCCUCCAAACCUUCGAAGUGCUCCUAUCGCUGCAACAGGCUGACUGGCAUGCGUGCUACCGUGCUAGAGAAAUCUCCUGAAUUGACCUCCGAUGACGACACUUUGAGCGAUGACAGCAAUAUGUGCGCCAAUGGCAUGAGCAGUCCAACAGGCAACGGCGUUGUUGACGAUCUUGUUGGCAGCCCACCAUUUGGUAAAGACGGAUUUUUGUCGUCUGCUCUUCUGCAUUCCAGCCUGCUCAAUGACGGAACUCUGCACGAGGAAUCGAGCCUACAGUUGGCUCCUAGAAAAUCUGACGUUCUUCCACUUUUUAGCACUGGACCAAAGAAACUGCACUCUGGAAUUACCAUCGCCAAACCAAUAACACGCAGAAGCAUCCACCAGAGAGCAGACGCCAUCAAAUCAAUUUUGAAAAGACCCUCCAGCCCAGAUUCACUCAAUUAUUUAGUGACCGCGACCAACGGUUCCUUGACUAAUGCCACCAUUUUUGCUACCGAGAUAAAUGCCAGUAGCAGAGAAGUGCCUCUACCUUCCAACAAAUGGGAAAGAGUUACCAUUCCUGUCAAUGUCGACAUGAGAGACCAGUUACUGCAAAAUCGUGCAAAGCUGUUUGGACACGAAUCCGAGGGCAAUGCAUCUACCGAAAACGAUCAUAUGGGCGGGUCCCUACGAAUGAAUGAUGCUGCAAUCAUACGCGGCUACGAAUUUGAUAUCGGAACGCCUGUCUCUAACCAUAUCGCCAACGAAGAUACCAAUAAACUCGACAAAGAGAGAAGGCUAAGAUGGGGCAAAGAGAUACAAAAAACUGUAACAUAA